AUGGAUAGAUCAGCCUAUGAUCCAGAUGAGAUUGAGGAGGAACAAAGGGAGAGGGAUCAAAAGAACAAAAUCAACAUGGACUUCCAGAAUUUCGUGAACCGGGUAAAUGAUCUCUGGGGCCAGCCUCAAUAUAAAGGACUUGAUCUGGAGUUUGAUCAGCCUUGUAGGGAACUCGGCUUUCUUGGGGUGCCGUACAAAGCUUCCGUUUUCAUCGUCCCAACUUCAACCUGCCUGGUUGAGCUGAUAGAGAGACCUUUCCUCGUUAUCACUCUAAGUAAGAUUGAUAUUGUCUAUGUAGAGGGGGUUGGUCUUGGACAGAAAAAUUGUGACAUGGCAAAUGUUUUCAAAGACUUCAAGGGUGAUAUGCUUCGUAUUGAUUCUAUUCCUUCCACAUCACUUGGUGGCAUCAAGGAAUGA